AUGAAUAAAAUAGAAGAUGAUGAUAUAUUAAAACACAAAAUAAUAGAAGGGCAACAAAUUAUGGAUAAUUUAUCAGUUGAUAAACAUGUAACUGAGGAAGAAUUUCAGAACUUUAUGCAUCGCGUUACCGAAGUUGAAAAAAUUGUGAAAAAAUUGGCAUCUUCCAAUCCUGAAGAACAAGAACAUGGACAAAUAUUGGCAGAUAAAAUUUUGGAUGGACGAUCGGAAAGUAAUAUUAGCGAUGAUACUGAAUUAACAAUAAAAAUGAAUCGUACAGUGAUUAAUAAAUGUUCGACUAACGAAAACUCUACUAAUGAAGAAAUGUCCAAAGAAGCGUUUAUGAAAAGCGUAGAAAAAGAUGCAAAAGAAAGGGCGGAAAAUAGAAAGAUUAGAAAUGAACGAGCGGAAACACUGAAAACAAUUGGUAAUGGGGCAUUUAAGGAAGGAAAUUACGAGAAAGCGGUAACAUAUUAUACUAAAGCGCUAGAACAGCGAAAAGAUUCAACCGUAUUAUGGAAUAACAGGGCUUUGUCAUAUAUUCAGCUUGGAUUAUUCGAGAAAGCCUUAAGCGAUUGCGAAUGGGCAUUAAAAGUUAAUAACACGAACUUGAAAGCCCUAUUAAAUAGCGCUAAGUGUUAUAAACAACUAGGAGAUGAAACGAAAUACAAAGAAUAUAUUCUGUUAGCAAAAGAAAGAAAUCCACAUUUAACGAAUUUUAUUAAUGAAUUUGAAGAAAGUUUGGAAAUGCGCGUUAAAUAUCAAGCUUCAUCUGUUAAUAAUAUUAAUUAGUAAACAAUAGAAAUAUUUCUUAUGCAGUAUGAAUAUUCUUUUGCAAUAAUUUAAAAUGCAUUUAACUGGUGUCAAGAUGGACCUAUUUUUGUCGCAUAACCUUCUUUAAUCUCUGAAAGAGAUCUAGGUUCAUGCAAAAAGACUGUACAUUCAAUACCCUGAAAGAAUUUAUUACUAGAAUUAUUUAAAUUUGUCAUAUUUUUUAUAGUACAAAUACUUAUACCUGCAUACGUGCUGCUCUAACAAAUCCCUCAUUUGCAGAUACUGUAAUGCUUUUCAUAUAUUCUCCUGUUGCAAAAACUAAUCUAGAUCUGUCUUUAAUUUUACCACCUAAAUUUAACUU